GUCUAGAUCCGGAGCCUAGUCGUACUAGAAGAACACUCAGCGACGAAACAUGAAAGCAACUCCUGUGAAAGUCUAAUAGGAUUUGUGUAUGUAUCAUGUUGUUAAAGCUUCAGAGUAGAACACUAUAGAGCGUGCAUCUCUCUCUCUCUCUCGGACUCAGACUCAGAGUCUCUCUCGGUAUAUAUUGAAUAAUAUAAACACAAAGUGAUAUACUUACUAUACAUAUAUGUACGUGUAUCCGUGAAAGGAUGAGUAAAGCGAGGAGGAAAAGGGUAAAGUGGAUUUGAAGCUUUCUUUCUUGUUUUAUUUUUACCUAAAUAAAUUAAUGGCUGACGAUCUCUGUUUCUUCUUCAAGGAUAACUUGAUUUUAAAGCCGCAAAAGACAUCUUCACUUCUGUUGAGAAUAAUUGUGUUGGUAUGUGCAAUGCUUUGUGGGGUUUAUAUAUGCUCAGUGCAUCUAAAACGAAUCAGUGCUGGCACCAAGGACGAAGCUCUAAGCGUUCAAGUAGUAAGGGGGCAAUGUCUGGUCCCACAUGUUGAACCAUGGGAAAAACCUUAUGUUCACUACCCAAAUCCUGAAACUUUUCGGAGAGAUGAGUGUGCAUGCCAUCCAGUGCGAUCCUUUGCUAUUUUGUCUACGCAGAGAUCCGGGAGUGGAUGGUUUGAGACAUUAUUGAAUAGUCAUACCAACAUAAGUUCUAAUGGAGAGAUCUUCUCAGUCAAAGACCGGAGAAGUAACAUUUCAACAAUCACAGAAACAUUGGAUAAAGUUUACAAUUUAGACUGGUUAACAAGUGCUUCGAAGAGGGAGUGUACAGCCGCAGUUGGCUUAAAAUGGAUGCUCAAUCAGGGUUUGAUGCAGUAUCAUGAAGAAAUUGUGGAGUACUUUAAAAGUAGGGGAGUUUUAGUUAUAUUUCUUUUUAGAAGAAAUCAUCUGCGAAGGAUGAUUUCAAUUCUUGCAAAUUCUUAUGAUCAAAAUGCUAAACCACUGAAUGGGACACACAAAUCUCAUGUGCAUUCAUCCCACGAGGCUGAGAUACUUGCGAAAUUUCAACCUACUAUAAAUACCACGUUGCUCAUACCCAACUUGAGGCAAGUCGAUGAGAUGACUACUAAAGCCUUGGAAUAUUUCAGGAGCACAAGGCACAUUGUAGUAUACUACGAAGAUAUUAUAAAGAAUCGGACUAAACUGGACGAGGUUCAAGAUUUUCUGAGGGUACCUCGAAUAAAGCUGACUAGUCGUCAGGUGAAGAUACACAAAGGAUCCUUGAAUGAACAAGUUACAAAUUGGGAUGAUAUAGAAAAGACACUGAGGGGAACACCCUAUGAGAGCUUCCUUAAUGCAGAUUAUAAAUUGUAGAUUGCUGCACGUACUACCACUGUACAUAGCUGAUUAAAUGGUCAUACGUUAAUUCAUUAUUUCUUUUUUCAACAGAAGCUAAUUUCUGCUAAUUAGGCAAAUACCCGCUGUUGAAAUUUUGGUCAUU